AUGGCGUGGCCGUGCAUCACGCGUGCUUGCUGCAUCAACCGCUUCUGGAGCGAGCUGGACAAGGCGGAUAUCGCCGUGCCUCUCGUUUUCACCAAAUACUCGGACGUCCAGCAGAAGCAGCCGAAACGGGCCCCUGCUGAGGGCCGGCCGGAGAGCCAACCGGAGGCCGCCAAGGCACCGCCCGCCGCCGCCUCGGACGCCUCCUCCUCCGUCAUGCGGCAAGACUUUAAAGCAUGGAAAGUGCGCCCGGAGCCCAGCUGUAAACCCAGGAAUGAGUACCAACCCGCGGCCGGCCCUUUCAUCCCGGAGACCCAGUACCAAAAGGACUAUAAAGCGUGGCCCAUCCCGAAGAAACACGACCACCCCUGGAUCCCUAAAGCCGGCCUAGCACCUCCCACCGGUAGCAGCGGCAGCACCGCGGCAGCGGGGAAGAUGGAGCUAGUGUCUGCCGAGAUAGAUAGCGGCGUGGAGAAGAGCGAGUUGGAGGAGAAGCUCCAGGAGAAGGAGGUGAAGGAGCCGGCCAAGAGGGACAAGUCCGCCGACAGGAAAGGCGAGGAGGCGCCUAGCGGAAAAGGCAGGGCGGCAGCCGACGCUCUCAACAGACACAUUAAGCAGACCUUGACCGCUUCAAAUAGUAGCUACAGAUCUGAGUUCAAAGCCUAUAAGGACGUGAAACCAGUCAAGCCCAUUAAGGCACCGUCCCAGUACAAGCCUCCGGCCGAAAACGAGAGCAAUUUGGAAACCAGCUACAGCGCCACCUUCAGGGGUGAGCAGGUCAAGGCCCAGCCGGCCGACAACAAGCUGCUGGAGCGCAGGCGGAUACGCAGCCUGUAUAGCGAGCCUGCCAAGGAGACCCACAAGGCGGACAAGCCGGCGUCUCGCGUCAGGCCGAAGAAAGCGACAACGACCAAGACGGUGAAGAAAGCCAAGGAGAACAAGGAAAAGAAGCUGCUCGCCGCUUCCGCCAAAAAGAAAGAAGAAGAAGCGGAGGCGGGCGUCACCAAGAAGAACAAAGAGCUCAGCAAUAGACUGGCCGAAGCCAAACAGUAA